AAAGGGGCCAGUCCUGGCCGUUCUCGCGUCUCUGCUGGCCCGCUGAGGGCCGCUUGGCCGGUGCUUUGCCCCGGCGCCUCAGUGCGCUCGGCCAACGGCCUCUGAGAGCGCUCACCCGAGCGCCCCGGGAGCCAGCGGGCGGCGGCCCUCUCUGGGACUCUCCAGCGGGCCCAGGGGAACAAAAGUGCCUCCAACUCCAGCACGUGCACAGUGAAGCAAGUUGAAGGAUUUAAUAUGAAGCACAGAAGCAGAUAGUGCCAAACAGCAAGCAGUAGUUGGUACACAUUUCUGGAAAAGCAGUGUCCGUGUUGUUAUGUACACCUCCAAAAAAAAGUUCAGAUCUGUAGGGGAAUUGUUGUGUAAAGUAAACUGAACUACAGGGUAGCAGUAUUUUAAUAGCUAUUGUAGACGUGUAUUUACUGUAUUAAAAUGAGUAAAAGAUCAAGCAGUGACACACCACUAGGAAGGGUAAGUGGGGCAGCAUUUCCUUCACCCACUGCUGCUGAGAUGGCAGAAAUUAGUCGAAUUCAGUAUGAAAUGGAAUAUACCGAAGGUAUUAGUCAGCGAAUGAGGGUCCCUGAAAAACUAAAAGUAGCACCACCAAAUGCUGACCUGGAACAAGGAUUUCAAGAAGGAGUUCCAAAUGCUAGUGUGAUAAUGCAAGUUCCAGAGAGGAUUGUUGUAGCAGGCAAUAAUGAAGACAUUUCAUUUUCAAGACCAGCAGAUCUUGACCUUAUUCAGUCAACUCCCUUUAAGCCUCUGGCACUAACAACACCACCUCGUGUACUUACACUAAGUGAAAGACCACUAGACUUUCUGGAUUUAGAAAGAUCUCCUCCUACACCUCAAAAUGAAGAAAUCCGUGCAGUUGGCAGGCUAAAAAGAGAGCGAUCUAUGAGUGAAAAUGCUGUUCGCCAAAAUGGACAGCUGGUCAGAAACGAUUCCAUGUGGCACAGAUCAGAUUCUGCCCCGAGAAAUAAAAUUUCAAGGUUCCAGGCAUCGAUUUCUGCACCGGAAUACACUGUGACACCAUCGCCACAACAGGCUCGGGUCUGUCCUUCCCAUAUGUUACCUGAAGAUGGAGCUAAUCUUUCCUCUGCUCGUGGCAUUUUGUCGCUUAUCCAGUCUUCUACUCGUAGGGCUUACCAGCAGAUCUUGGAUGUGCUGGAUGAAAAUCGCAGACCUGUGUUGCGCGGUGGGUCUGCUGCCGCCACUUCUAAUCCUCAUCAUGACAACGUCAGGUAUGGCAUUUCAAAUAUAGAAACAACAAUUGAAGGCUCAUCAGAUGAUAUGACUGUUGUAGAUGCAGCUUCAUUAAGACGCCAGAUAAUCAAACUAAAUAGACGUCUACAACUUCUAGAAGAGGAGAACAAAGAGCGUGCUAAAAGAGAAAUGGUCAUGUAUUCAAUUACUGUAGCAUUCUGGCUGCUUAAUAGCUGGCUCUGGUUUCGCCGCUAGAGGUAACUUCAGCACUCAAAUAUAUUGUUUCAACAGCUGGAAAUAUAAAAGAUUUGCAAACUUCUUUGUUUCUGUCUUUGCAUUGUAUGCCGUUUUAUAGUUCAUGCUCUGAAAAUGUAUUUCUUCCAGAAAGUAGGGUGAAAGGACCUAUAUUUGUAGAAGUAAAGGUAUAUUCUGUCACUCAGUUGUAUUCACUUUAAAUCAGUUCUACAGCAACACUUACAUAAAAUUCUCCUUUUGCAUGUUUUGUAAAUAGGCUCCAGUUUGUGUUUUUAAAAUGAAAUUAAUUUUUUGCCUCACCAGUCUAAACAACUAAUUCUGUGAAAGGAAGACAGAAUGCAUAAAGGGUGGAUUAAGAAAAGUAUCUGUAGAAGAAAAACAAUGUUUGUCCUGUUUCUCACAGUUUUGUUGGUAGACAUUUUGCAUCCAUAUUUUAACAUUAACACUUGAAGUCAUGGUCUGGUGCCAGAUUUAAGAAAAUCAAACCACCUAAUAUUUCAUGAUCACCUGUAUAGAUUAAAUUAAAAUAUGCCUAACAGUUCAGCAGUUUAAUAUGUGUGCAUUAUGUUGCGUUUUUAUUUUCAUUUUAGUUUUGCAGAUGGUUUUCUAUAAAAUACGUUUUUACUAAGUCCAUGUGUGAAUGAUUUAAAAACUACAGAAUAAGGAACAAUUGUAGUGUAUUUAAUAAACUGUCAACCAAAGCAAUGUUUGUCUGUUGAAAAAUUUGUUUCAUCAUAUUGGUUAUGAGCUCAGUAUGGAGUCAUAUUAACCUUAUCUCAGUCUUUGUGUCUCAGGAGCAUACGAUGUACUUAAUGACUUGGCAGGCAGCAAGUGCCUCCUGUGCUUCUCUUCAGAUCUUUAUCCUCCUAAUUGUGGACAUCAUUUGUAUUGAAGGUGGUUGGUUGUUUUUGUCGCUUGGGAUUUUGGGGGUGGUACUGAGGAUUGAACCCAGGGGUAUUCUACCACUGAGCUAUAUCCCUAGGCCUUCCUUCCUCACUCAUCCUUCUCCCACCUUUUUUUAAGACAAGCUCUCACUAGGUUGCCGAGGCUGGCCAGAAACUCGCCAUCUCCUGCCUCAGCCUCCCUUAUAGCUGGGAUUGCAGGUGUACACCACCAUAUACAAUUGCAGGUGGUUUUCUAGUUUAUUCUAUCUAUGAAGUGAUUCAGAUUAAAAUACCAUGAUUUAUGCAUCUUUUUCUCCAUAGUAGUAUUUAUUUGCUAAUAUGCUAAAUCUCAUGAGAGUUAAACACACCAAUGAAACCAAGUCUUGGGUGUCUUUAGUUCUCAAAAUUAUUUUCCCUUUUUCUGAUUCUAAAACAGGUAGAAUUCAAGUAGGUGGAUUGUUCUCCACACAUCUUAAGUUAUCUUUCUAUCGAUGCAGUAAGUAUUAGGGAAGGUGAUUGAGGGAAAUUUCUUUGAUAUAGGUAGAUUUCAUGUUUCUGUUCUUGCUUCUCCCUCUUCCCUUCAAAAAAUAGCUGGGGAAAAAGCUGGGUGCAAUGACACAUGACUGUAAUACUAGCAACUUGGGAGGCUGAGGCAGGAGGAUUGCAAGUUAGAAGCCAGCCUGGGCAACUUAGUGAGAUCCUGUCUUAAAAAAAAUAGAGAGAGUGGUGUAGGUCAGUUGGUAGUGGGCCCCUGGGUUCAAUCCCUAACACUGGGAGGGAAAAAAAAUUAGGAGGAAGAUUCUUCUUUGUAACGUUUUUCAUGAGUUGAUGACAUAAUUUUUUUCUGUACAUGGAAGUCUUCUGACUUUUGGUGAUAUCCUAAUGUGAAAUUGCUUUAUUAAUUCCAGCUUUGUAUAUGCCACAAGGCAAUUUCUGUGAAUCACUCAUUUGAGACCACAAAAGUGGUAAAAUGGUAGGUAAAAUUACCAUCUUCUUUGCUGGAAAAAGAAUGCUAAAAAUUAAAUAAAAGUGGGAAUCUUGGGAGAUAAGUACAAAAGCUAUUUUUCUCCCUGAUGAUUUUAAACAAACACUAGAGGCUAGGAGUUUUCAUCACUUAUUGGUUAUGCAAGGGACAGAAGAUAGAAUUCCAUACCUUGAUCAGGAAAUAACCUGUAACAGGAAAAUCAUGACUGAAGCUGGGGCCCCAAAAAACUACUCCCUCAGUGACAAAAAAAAAA